GUGUGACAGUGUGUGUGCAUCAACGCGUGUGUGUCUGCGUGUGUGUAUCAAUGUGUGUGUGUCUGCGUGUUUAUGUGUCAUUAUGGGUUAGCCUGCUCUAACCCUGCCUCGGUUUUCUGGCAUCACAGCUACAGAACAACCUCAAAAGGAGAGAGAGAGAACAAAGUAAAACAGAAAACAGAGAGAGAAAGAAAGAGAGGGAAGGAUAGACAGACAGAAAGAAAGACAGAGCAUAUGAAUUAGGGCAGGAGAAAAACGGCUAGAGAUAAACAAGAGUGAAGAAAAGAGGGGGAGAGAGAGAGACAAAGGGAGACAGCACGCGGAGAGGAGGAUGACUGUAUACACCCUGAACCUACGGGUGUUUUGGCCUCUUUUGACCUGUGUGCUGACCGGCCUGGUUGUCCUCCACCACACCCACCGGCCAAGCCCAGAAUCAAGCCACGAUCCUGGGUAUGAGGCCGGAACGGAGCCCUGCUUGGACCAGGGCCCUUCCGUCCUUCUGUCGCUCAUCAAGCUACUGCUGGUGGUGGCUCUCUGCUACCUCUUCAUCAGCUACUGCUCGGGCCACCCAGGCAGGGCCAACAGUUCUCCCCUCGAGGCCGCUGACGGGGCUCUGAAAUCGGGUGUGUCUCGUCGGGAGGUCCUGGAGGAUUAUUAUGAGCGCUGGGUGCGUCUAUCCCCACAUGUCCUGGGUCACAGCAAGGCCAAUGUGUCCAAACUGGUCGGGGAGCUCGUCAAGGCUGGCCGUGCCAACGGGGGUAUCCCAGAGUCCUCGCUGGCGUUCCGAGGGGACUUCCUGCAGGUGGGCAGUUCAUACGAGGAGCACAAGGUGGGAGCUCCAGACUUCUAUGACAUCCUCGUACCGCUGAGGGUUCCCCGAGAACUAAGACUGGAGCCACGAGUCUACAGGCAGGGGUUGGAAACAGAUGAUAAUGGAGAGGGGGAGGGAAAGGGGGAGGAGAAGGGGGAGUCCAAGCUGGAUCUGAGGAGUAAGGAGAAGGAGGACAAGAGGGGGGAUGUUACGGUUAAUGGGAGAAGUAUGGAGAAGGGGACUCGGAGGAGGUUUAGUGGGAAGGAGGAAAAGAAGGAGGAAGGCAAGGGGGAGGAGAACAUGGCGGCUAAAGAGGAAUUGAAGGUUGGCCUAAAGGAGGAAGUGAGCGAAGAGAAGAAAGAGGAGUCGAAGGAGGAGAAAGGACGGAGUAGCGUGCCGCGGUGCAGCCUAGAAACACCCCGCCGCGGUGACUGGGUGCGAAAACAUCGUCACUUCACCAACACAUUUCUACGACUACACCAACCUAACAAGUCACAGAAAAGGUCUCUGAGGUCAUUGCCAGGAGUUACAGCGGGUUCAGGGGGAGAUAGCGUCUACCGCCUGACCCCUGACUCCGUCCUCCGUUGGUUUUACCCAGCAGUCCAACGUUGCUUGGCAACGGUGCGUUACCCGUUCGAGCAGCGCUGCACGCUGAGCCUUGCACUCGCCGAUGACCGGGUGCAGCUCCGCCUCACGCCACGCUCUGACUACGUCUGCUGUCACAUUUCCAUGGCGAUACGGCUUCUCCCGGCCAUCCCCCUCGGAGAUGGGGUGUACCUGGUUCCCACAGAAACGACGUCGGGGAUCAAAUUGACAGACCUGGAUCACCAGAACCAGGAACGGGACCUCUGGACUCUGUUCUUCCCCCGUCAGGAGCAGCGUCUUCUGGGCUGGCUCCGCGGACGCUCUCCUCAGCCCUCCUGCCACCUCAAGGUACUCCAGUUGACCAAGGCGCUGCGUGACCUGGGAGGACAGGCCCUGGACAGCCACAGGGGGGCGAUCUGGCGGUCUGUCCUCUCCUCUUACACCUUGAAGACAGCCUGGCUGCGUCUGCUGCUCAGCUCCCCUGCAGAGGCCUGGGAGGAGCGCCAUCUGGUGGCCAGGAUGGAGGAUCUGAUCCACAGCCUCAGACAGAGCCUCCAGAACCGGGCUCUGUGUCACCUCUUCAUGGGGAGUGACAGCAGCUCCAUCCUGCCAGACUCUGUGGUCCUGCCCAAGCUGGUGAAGGAGGUUGUCGGAGGUCUGUCAGCAGGGACGAUAGAAGGUCCCGGGGGGAGUUUGGGGGGCUCAGUCAGGGGUCCAGCCGGUUGCCCAAGGGGACAUUCUGUCGGACGUUUGGAGGGUCACGGGGGGAACCUCUGGGCCGGCGUGGACCCAACAUCGUUGGACUUGGUGUCAGGCCGCUUGGCAUACGUCUGGUGCCACCUCCACCGGCUGAUCAGGCUAGGCAGACCCCAGAGAAGCAGCCUGGGGCUGGGGAUGGUAGGGAACGGACACUGCCUCCACCUGGAGCCUGGAGAGUAACCUUUCAGGGGAGACAAGGACUCUGGAAGCUCCUUCACUUUAAUGGGAUGUGAUUCAACGGCUGCCUCUGCGUUUCAUCUGGAGGGAGCGCUGGACAGGUUUGGGGCUGAAUUAUCAAUCUGGACUGCAGAGAAGUGGCUUGGGGCUGGGCUGGGCUUGAACUUGACCCUGCCUGCACCUGGAGCCAGGAGGCUGGAGUAAUGAUCACUGCACAUUGUGGGGCUGGCGUACAAAUACUGUAUAUUAAUUAAAUUGUCCUGUUGUUCUGGGAAUUGUCCUGGACGAUGGAAGACUCAUCAAAGGUUCAUCAACCCCUCCAAAGAAUGUCCAUCAAUGAAUAUCCACUUAAAGGUCAAAUGUUUCUCUCGCUGUGGAAUUACCUCCUUUUGUAUCAAAGGAUACGGCCAUUUAGGACCAUUCCUGGGUACUGUAGUGACCAUGGUAACCAUCCAAUGCCCAGAGUAGCAUGGCAGAUAUACAGUGGGGUAACCAUAGUAACCUUACACAUCCUCAGUUCACAGAGGAGCUGGAUUACAACCAAACAGGAAUGAGAGGACUCCCUCAGUCCACAUUCAAACCGGUCCAGUUCAGAUCAACUGAAGUUGGAAUUGGAUGCCCUUGUGUGGUUCAUUUACCAAGUUAAUGAGGUUUCACAGUAAAGUUACAUCUGAAACUGGCACUCUGGCAGUCUCCCAAAUGACAGUUCUUUAUUCAGUACACUGCUUUCCACCAGGCCCUAGAUAUGUUUCAGGAUCUAGGAUGUAGGUACUGACCAAGGGGUCACCUAACAGCAUUGCGCUAGAGCAGACGUGUCAAAGCGGUUCCAUGGAGGGCCGCGUGUCUGGAGGUUUUCGCUCUCACCUUGUACUUGAUUGGUUAAUCAGGUCACUAA